UCCUUGGGCACUCCAGCAGUAUCCUACCACUACCCUCGCAUUUCAGUACAAAUUUUAUCCCUUCUGGUUCGCUCCAUUUCAUUCGGUCGUGUUCUGUUUCAGCGAACUAUGAGCUUUCUCCGGUUUCGACGCGGAGCAUCAGAGAACAGUUACUUCAAACAAGAAAGCGAGUUGCAGGCGAGCAGAUUAAGGGAGUCCGCUCAAUUGCGUUCCCAGAAUAACACCGAAGCCCACUCUGUAAGCAGCAAUGGCGAUGCCACGUCAGCAUCCCCUCCUGCAACUACCAACCUCGAGGAUGCCGUGGAUGUGCUCCCGGAAAUCCUCAGCCAUCGAUUGCCUCUCGCGAGCCGAUCUGAACCGUUGAUUGACGUAAGGCAUUCGCCGGGUGGAAGUGGAGAUACUAUGACCGAGAGAGAUGGAGUUGAUAACAGAUUCGCACACGUCAGCAGAUCAGCGCCUGGUGCAUCUGCACACGUCAGCAGAGCGUCUUCGGGAUUGCCUGGUGCUUUGGAGGGAGCAUUGGGACAUGUUCCAGAGACGAGGCUCGGCAGGAGCAAAUACCAGAUAUCGUUCGAUGGCGCGCACAUGCCUUCUCCCUCCACAGCCAACGAGAGGAGGCCACGUGGGCCAGACAAGGCCACGGCAGAGGGCAUGGCGCAAGCCCUACGCAUGGGGGGAGGGGGCCAGAGUCACCAGGUGUUCAGAGGCCAUAGCCCUCUGCGUGGGUGAGAGGGAGAGACGGAAAAGGAGUUGGCUUGGGCGGGUGUUAGGGGGAGUGAGGAGAGUGAAACCCUGAAACGCUCCGAUUCUUGCCCAUGAACCCCACCCUGAUCUCUGCUCCUGCCCCAAAAGCCCACCC